AUGAAUCCCACCCUUCCGUCAUGGAAGGAUCGGACGCAAAAUCAGUUCGGGAAGCUUCAAAUCCAAGUACCAUGGCGUUCAAUUCAGCUCCUGGUGCCGCACCGCAUGCGACGGAAGAUUCGGUCGAAGCUGAGGAGUAGGAUAUCUCCCACCUCGUCGAUAUCCUCUUUACAAACCUCGUUCUCACCGGUGGACACGCUCCGGUCGCUGCAAAGCCAUCGGUGGACGACAUACGACUUUCAAUAUUUGCUAUUGCUGAUUGUCGCGAUCUUCUCAUUGACAGUCAUUGAGUCGCCCGGGCCGUUGGGGAAGACGGCCAUGUUUACUGCGUACAUUGUCGCUCUUCUGCUUCCUAUCACUCGUCAGUUCUUUCUGCCAUUUCUGCCGAUUGCUGGAUGGCUUCUGUUUUUCUACGCUUGCCAGUUCAUACCGAGCGAUUGGCGUCCGGCUAUUUGGGUCCGGGUGCUCCCGGCAUUGGAGAAUAUCCUCUACGGCGCCAACAUCAGCAACAUCCUGUCUGCUCAUCAGAAUGUUGUGCUUGACGUGCUAGCCUGGAUUCCAUAUGGUCUCUGCCAUUACGGAGCUCCCUUCGUCGUUUCUCUGAUCAUGUUCAUCUUCGGCCCUCCCGGCAUCGUGCCCAUCUUUGCGCGGACGUUCGGCUAUAUCAGCAUGAUGGCAGUCACCAUUCAGCUGUUCUUCCCAUGCUCUCCCCCGUGGUACGAGAACUUGUACGGUCUGGCACCAGCCGACUACUCAAUGCAAGGUAACCCCGCGGGUCUCGCUCGCAUUGACAAGCUCCUGGGCAUCGACCUCUACACUUCGGGCUUCAAACAAUCCCCGGUCGUCUUCGGUGCGUUCCCGUCGUUGCACGCCGCCGAUUCCACUCUGGCAGCACUUUUCAUGAGCCUGGUUUUCCCUCGCCUGAAGCCAUUGUUCGUGACGUAUACCCUGUGGAUGUGGUGGGCAACCAUGUAUCUGUCCCACCACUACGCCGUUGAUCUGGUUUGUGGUGGACUUUUGGCCACGGUCGCGUUCUACUUCGCGAAGACUCGGUUCAUGCCCCGCGUUCAAACCGACAAGAUGUUCCGAUGGGACUACGACUACGUGGAAUACGGCGAUUCCGCUCGGGAAUAUGGCUACGAUCUGGCCGACUACGAUGGCGACUUCAACCUGGACAGUGAUGAGUGGACGGUUGGCUCGUCUUCCUCCGUCUCCUCCGGCUCUCUGAGUCCCAUCGAUGACCAUUACACCUGGGAGGGCGAGGCUCUUGCUUCCCCUGCCUCGGAUAUCGAGUCCGGAAGGCAUAUGAUCAGCCCGUGA